AUGGCGGAUAACCCGUCGACCAAGGCCGUCGCGCCGGCCAACAAAAAACGCAAAGAGAAUAAAGCACUCAUUGAAGCGCAAAAAAAAUAUGGACGAGGAAAGGCAAUUCCGAUGCAAACCGUGAGGGAUAAGAAACUGCGCGCCAAUCUCAGAUCCGUCGAAAACAAGUUCAAACAAGCUGCGCUUAAGGCGAAGGAUGCGGAGAUUCUCUUGGAGCACGAAGCCGGAUUCCUCGAACCCGAGACAGAGCUGGAGCGGACAUACAAGGUUCGACAGGAUGAUAUCAAGGAGGGCGUUGGCAUCGAGACAGCUAAGAAGGGGUUUGAAUUGCGACUGAACGACUUUGGACCCUACCGGGCAGACUAUACGAGAAAUGGACGUGAUCUUCUGUUGGCUGGCCGGAAAGGACAUGUUGCGACGAUGGACUGGCGUGCAGGACGACUAGGAUGCGAGCUCAAUUUGGGAGAGACGGUUCGGGAUGCUCGGUGGCUGCACAAUAACCAGUUCUUCGCCGUAGCCCAAAAGAAAUAUGUCUACAUCUACGAUCAAGCUGGAACGGAAAUUCAUUGUCUCAGCAAGCACCUUGAACCGCUCUUCCUCGAAUUUCUUCCAUACCACUUUCUUCUCGCUAGUGCUCAAAUGAGCGGCCACCUCAAGUACACCGAUACUUCUACCGGACAAAUGGUCGCCGAACUGCCCACCCGUAUGGGCGCUCCCACAUCAUUAGCCCAGAACCCGUGGAACGCUAUCAUCCAUGUCGGCCACCAGAACGGAACCGUCAGCUUAUGGUCUCCUAAUUCCCAGACGGCGCUGGUGAAGGCCCUCGUCCACCGGGGGCCGGUUCGUUCCAUGGCGAUGGACAGAUCAGGCCGGUAUAUGGUCUCGACCGGCCAGGAUAUGAAGAUGAACGUGUGGGAUAUUCGCAUGUAUCGCGAAGUGCAUUCGUACUCGUGCUACCAACCAGGUGCCUCGGUUGCGAUCAGUGACCGCGGUUUGACGGCCGUUGGCUGGGGCACCCAGGUCAGCGUAUGGCGGGGUCUCUUCGACGCCGCCGCUGCCGACCAAGGCAAGGUCAAGAGUCCGUAUAUGGCCUGGGGCGGAGAUGGCCAACGUAUCGAGAACAUGCGCUGGUGCCCCUUCGAGGAUGUGCUCGGUGUUACCCAUGACCAGGGCUUCGCCAGUAUCAUCGUCCCCGGCGCCGGUGAACCCAACUUCGACGCUCUAGAGGCCAACCCGUACGAGAACAAGAGACAGCGCCAGGAGGGCGAAGUGCAGGGUCUGCUCAACAAGCUACAGCCCGACAUGAUCUCCUUGGACCCCACCUUCAUCGGAAAGCUGGACACCAUCAGCGACCAGAAGAACCGCGAAGAGCGCGACCUCGACCGCAGACCCGAAGACGCCAUGGAGAAGCUCAAGAACCGCGCGCGCCGCAACAGCGCCCUGCGCAAGUACCUGCGGAAGAAGGGCCGCAGGAACGUCGUCGACGACAAGCGGGUCAAGGCCGAGAUGCUGCGCAAAGAGCACCAAGCCCGUGCAAGGGACAAGCUCCGUGCCGAGCGGGAGGAUCUGGGCCCUGCACUGGCCCGGUUCGCCAAGAAGGAGAUCUAG